AUGCACCUCCAACUACCUCCAGAUGCAAGUGACCUUUUCGAAAAGGGAAAUCAGUAUGCCCUUGAAAUGGGCGAGGUAUUGGUUUACGGCCUCAACGACACAACAUCAAAUGCGGUUCAGCAGAUAUGCGACAAGGCGACCGAAACAUUUGCAAAAGAGAUUCUCAACUGGCCAAAUGGACGUUUGGCCAAACCAGACAUUUUUAAGGGCGUUACUUCCGAUUCUCAAUUCAAAGACCUGGGUGACUGUCUAGAGGCAUUCCUCACCCAGCUUCGCAACCUCUUCCAGUCAUCUCCCCCUAAAGCCUUGCCUAUUUUUCCACAUGCCUUCAUCGUUGUCGAGACAAAGGACCCACGAACCACAGACAUUGCCACCGUUGUUCUUGCUUACAAGUCACGAGGCAAUUGGAGACUGGAGCAUUGUUCUAUUCCCAUCCAUGUUGAGCUUGGACAGCAGAUUGACAGCUUGCGAAUGGGGGACGAGUCAGCCGAACGCAUUCUUGAUAUGUUUUCCGAUUCGAAACAAUCACGACAGCGGGCGGAUUCCACUCACAAUUCAUCACCGGACACAAACGGAUGGGCAUUUGCGCUCUUCAGUACUGGACUCAAGGGAGCACUUCCGUUACAGGCCAUGAUUGACCCAGCAACAGAUGAGGUCGAACCUUCUGAAGCAACACUAUAUCUCGUGGCCGAUCCAGACAACAGCCAAUUCCUGAUGUCUAAGCAGAGGAUGAUCGAACUCUUCCCUGUUACCGUUCGGGAUGACAUGCGAAGAGGUUGGAGGACAAACAACAUGAAACUUCACAGUAAAGUAUUCAUCUAUUGUGAUAAUGACAAGCCUAAGGAUAACGGAGUUAUCGUUGUAUUAGCUGAAUGGGAUGGCAACCUUGACAGGAAUGAUGAAGAACUAAAGGAGGCUUUUGGCAAGGCAAAGUUUCAAGAGCACAGAGUCCCAGUCGACAAGGCGUUGGAAAAGGCACGUGAGCUAGCUGAGAAGUAG